AUGUGGCUACAUGCCGAGUUUGGCAUCACGGCGACCGUUGAUGGUGGUCGGCGGUCGCAGGCUUCUUCAGUGGGCAUUCAAUAUGUUGAGAUGGUGGAUUCCGCGAGUAAAAACCCAGAUGAGCAAUAUAUCGGCAGCCAAUGCCUCACCGCUUUCCCGGUAACUCGUGAGGCAUCGCGGAGUAUGCACGCUCUCGAUCAAUCGAUGCUGGCCGAAGCCGAGCAUCCCUGCGCGCUGAAGAAGAACGAGAAGAAGAACGAGAAUUCCAUGAAAAACAACGAGAAGAAGAAAAUCUACCGAUGCGAUGCGAACUGCCACGCCGAGAAGGCUGAGAAAAGCAAAAGCCGACCCGGCCCGGAUAUACAAAAGCCGUCCCGGUCCGUACUCUCUAGCAUGUGGCAAGUUAGCGGCAACCGCCAGGUGGAAACCGGGAGGGAGCGGGUAUAUGAUAGCGACGAUCGCUGCGAGAUGCGCGGAGCGUCGGAGCGCCGGAACGCCACCGGCAAAGCAGCAAGCUCGAAGCGCGAAGAUGAUGGAUCCACUCGAGAGAAUACAACCGGCUACAGACGCCGCACUGGGAGCCUGGCACUGGGAGGCGGUUGCCACCAUUCCGAUCACGAGCGAGAGACGACUCUCAGCCGAGAGGCGAGAGGCGAGUCCGGAACACACGCCUCAAUCUUUAAGGUCUCAUCUCAUGCGCAGACCCCCGGGGAACACGGCAGCGACGACAAGACCAACCGAGACCAGACCGGACGAGACGAGACGAGACCAGGCGAGGAGAGACGAGGCGAGGCGAUACGAUUGGAUCUCAUCGUCGCCGCAGGUGCACGUAGAUGA